AUGGUUUUAACCAUCAAACCCGAGAAAAGGGAAAUGAAGGAAAGGACGGCAUACUUAGUGAACACAUCCCGGUGUCAGAUUGUCAGGUGGCCUACAUUUGAUGAGCAGGUCGUGCCCUUAUAUCGCAACAAAUCAAAUGAGAGAAUUCAUUGUAAAACUGAUGACCACUUUCGGGACGUAACGAUCGAGAGAUACAACUUUACGGGCGUUAGAGUUGUGAACAAAUCGGGAAAACCUAUGAACUGUUCCUAUAGUAUAGUCUCACGAAGAAGUGGAACCGAUGAUUAUGUGCACUAUUCUCGCGGUCAUGGUCUUGUGGCGAUUACAUGUGUUUUGGGAAAAGAAAAAUAUGUAAAGGCUAUACCACUCAUACCGGACCUCAGUAUAAAAGCACACAAUGAAAGCCAGAAUUUACCGAAUAUUCUGUUUGUGGGACUCGACUCAAUAUCCCGUCUCAACUUUGACCGACACUUCCCUAAAACCAUACAAUUUCUGGACAGACAUGACUUCUACACGAUGUACGGCUACAACAAAGUGGCCGACAAUACCUACCCUAACCUCACGCCACUGCUAACCGGCUAUUACAUCGACGACCUCUGGAAUGAGACAAUGAGUAAAAAAGAUUAUCAUAAUCGCGGCUAUAACACCCUGCUCGUGGAGGACUGGCCACAAGUGGCGGCAUUUAAUUUUCUCAAAAAAGGUUUUAGUGAACCGCCGACUGAUUACUAUCUGAGACCUUAUAGUCUGGCUAUAGAGAAGAAACUUAAAAAUAAUUGCUAUUACGAUAGGACUGAGAUUGAGACUUAUUACGACUAUAUCUACGACUUCGUGACAGCAAUGAGACGAAGAAACCAGAAAUACUUUGCCUUCACAUUCAUGGCUCGGCUAACGCACAUGGUGGACUUGUCACGGCCAGACCGGCUGGAUGGCCACGUGGUGAAUGAGUUGUUUGAGAAACUGAGGCUGGAUGACAGGUUGUGUUAUGAGUAUAAAAAGAGUCUGGUGCCGUAA